CUUAACCGAUCAUUCGAAUGUUCCUUGGUGCUGUCGAUUGGGCUUUGUAAUGGAGGGCUUUCAGGGUGGAUCGCGCUUUUAGAAAAUUUGAAAUUUAUUGUUGUUGAUCUUUUCUCUUGUUCUCGUGACAUCCGACUGUCUCCUUUUCGUUGUCGGGCUCUCGCAAUCGCAAAUACAUGAUAGUGAUGCAGGAUGCGGCGUGGGAUAAGCAAGACGACGCUGUCUCGGCAUUACCCCGCGCGCGAAGUGUGUCCGGAUCGGAGUUAGGGAGCCCAAUUGCUGAAACCGUUGAUUUUCGCAACUGGUGAUCCAUGUCGCUGGACGAGGCCCUGGCCAGGGUCCUGGUGGGCCGAAUCCAUCCGGCAGAAAGGGCACAGGAUGAGUUUAAGAGCGUCAUGCACUCGUUCUUGUCCAAACUGCUAUUCUUACUUCGCAAUGAUUCUUACUUUGGGUCUCUGCUCAACGUCGGCAGCCAACCCUCGAGACUGCAAGAGACGGGCAGCGACCGGUUCGAGGUCAAAAUUGUUCUCAAGAAUCUAUGGCGCCUCGUGGGACUGCACCUAGUGAUCCGACUAGCCGAAAAAGGCACUGUUGCCAUUGAACCUAGGAGGGCGAGGGACCUCGAAUCGAAAAUGGUUCUAGCGAGGGUGCAGCACCCUCUCUUCGAGGUCAUUCGCCCGUCGGACGUGAUCGUCCUGUUCGCGGCUGCGGUCUCCGCGGCCGUGCCGAAGAUGAACUUCUCGCACGCAGCGAUGCAGGGCGUGCCGCGUGUGGUGAUGUCGAAUGCAACAGUGACGCUGUUUGUUGACUUCAACGGCAAACCCAUGCGAGUUGAGCUGGUGCCCGUUUUCCAAUUCCCGUGGGCCUUUCUGCCGACAGAGCUCAAGGAAGAGAGCCAUAAUCUGAAGGUCCACCAUGCGAAGGUGCCUCCGGGUGAAAGUAAUUGGUCCGCGGUUCCUCAAAAGGACCGAAACCAAAUGACUUGGGCCAUAGAAUUCCAUGGCUUAGAGAACGAGUUCAUACAAAAUAAGGGCGCUGAAGACGCUAUGAGAUUAAUUCAGGGCAUCGCCGGGCUGGACCUGCCGCGCCGCAUCGUGCUGCAGGCACUCUUGUGGCUGGACGAGGAGCGAGGACCCUCCUUUUGGGACUCCGGCUUGGGCAACAUCGUCCGGGAGGUCGUGGAGUUCCUCUAUCAGGCUUUCUAUCAUUCCAAGCUGAGCAACUUUUGGAUCCAGGGCCACGAGCUGCUGGGUAUGGAUACUCAGGCGGUGGCGGACCAGCUGUUGGAGGUUUUGAAUGUGCUCCGUAGUCCCGGUGCUCCCGACUUCGUGGACUCGCUCUACACGUAAUUUGCAGUCGUCACUAAGUUUCUUAUUUAUUUGUUUUAAAACAAAAUUCCCUGUAACAUGUCAACCUUUUCCAUUGACGCGGAAAUUUGACUGCCAAUGACGACUGAUCAAUUUGAUUUGCAUGUGUGUGUUUUUAAAAAUACAAAAGU